ACUGUUACUAUAGUAGCAAUUAAAAUGAUAAUUAUGUUAAUAUCAAAGUUUGUGUUUAAUUACGAAUCUUCCGAAGCGAAAUUCGAACUGUUAUUUCGAUAAUUGGAGUUGUUGAUGACUUGUAGAUUUGUAGACAACUUCAUUUGUGUAACCAGUUUAUGACAGAUUAAUUUUGACUGUGUUCGAGUUCGAAGGAAAUAGAAUGAGUUACAUGCUGUUUGUAAAUAAAGCCUGGUGUAAAUGAUGUGAUCGUUAAUUAUGAAAAACACAUAUUUUAUAUGAAUUUGUUAUGAGAUAUAUGAAACAUAUACUUGAAAAAAGAAACUACCCGAUUAAUAUGAACAAAAUUUUGAUUUAACAAAAAAGUAUUGCUUAUAACUUUUUGUUCAAUUAGUAUAGGGAAACGGUAAAUAUGAAAACGAUAAAUGUGAAAAUCGAAAGAUUUUGGAAACGUCGAUUUUUGCGAAAAAAGUUGAAGUAUACGUUAAUUUGUGUAUUCAUAAUUUCUAUUAUUUUCAUUGUUCGUCAGUUAGUUUACUUUAAAAAACUUAAUCAAGCAACCGUAGGAAAAUACAUUAGUGGAUCUGUACGAAAAACUAAUUAUAUAGAUGGUAAAAUGAAUUCAAGAUGGAAUGAACCAUUGCAUUCAAAAUUACUUCGUGAUAAGAAAGGUCGAACUGUAUCGUUACGUGGAACGCGUGAUCAAGAUAUUUCAAAAUACUUGCCAAAUGUACAGGAGAAAUUUGUUUGUUUUACCUCAAAAGAGGAGAUAGACUUUUUUAAAAUUAAUGAUAACUACUGUGAUUGUCCUUUGGAUGGUAGUGAUGAGCCUGGUACCAAUGCGUGUAAUAAUGGUGUCUUUAAUUGUGAACAUUCAUCCUUGCAAUUUAUAGUCCCAAUAAAAAUACCAUCUUAUAAAGUUAAUGAUGGAUAUUGUGAUUGUUGCGAUGGAUCUGAUGAAUGGGCUGAAGUUAAAUUAUCACACUUAAAUAAUGUUCUAAAAAGACAUAAAUCAAAGCUAGUCAUGCACUGUGAUUCAAACUUUACAACGGUGUGGGAUCCUCUUCAAAUAUUUAAUUAUCAUACACACUAUAAGUACGCUGUUGUUAUACUGAACAGUCCACUUUAUUGGAAAGAUAAUACUUUACUUCAAAUUUGGAAAAGAGCUCAGGUUAAUGUUACUGUUGAUGGUGGAACGUACAGAUGGCUACACUAUUUAGAAGAACAAGGUAUUGAUUUAUUAAAUGGAAAUAAUACUGAAUAUGUACCAAAUUUAAUUACUGGUGAUAUGGAUAGUUGCUCUCCUUUAAUUCUUGAAAAACUAAAAAGUAUGGGCUCAAUGAUUAUUAAAACACCUGAUCAAGAUCAUACAGACUAUACGAAAGCUUUGCUUCAAUUGGGACAAUAUGCUAAAAAAGAAGAUAUAAAGUUAAAUGGAAUAUACGUGUUUGCAGACACUUCAGGGAGAUUUGAUCAUAUCAUGGGAAAUAUUAACACACUUUAUAGAAGCGAUAAGAUUAUUGAACAUGUACAAGUGAUUCAAAUUGCAAGCAAUUCAUUGACAUGGGUUUUAAGACCGGGUCUUCAUAGUAUAAUCAUUCCUAAAAUUUUGGUAGAAAACAAUAGCUGGUGUGGACUGUUACCAGUUGGUGCACCUGUUAACUGUAUAAUAACAACUGGUUUGAAAUGGAAUUUAAACAAUGCAACAUUACAAUUUGGGGGUCUUGUGAGUUCUUCAAAUACAUAUGACAAUUGCUCUGAAGUAACUAUAAAUACAGAUUCACCAGUGAUAUGGACUAUGGGUAUAGAACCACUUCAAAAGACUACAAGUAAUUAUGAAAUAUCACAAAGUACUUGAUAACAUCCUGUGUUAAUUAUUUUUCAAUAUUUUCUGUACAUUUGAAAAUAUGUGUUAUAGAAUUAAUAAUAUUUAUAAUACUAUAAUAUCAUAAUAUGUACUUGAAUAUUUUCUAAAGUUGUUGUAUAUUCUAUUCCAAUUGAUCAAUUUCUUUAUAAUAGGCAGAUUUCUCUGAAUUUAAAUUACAAAAAUAUUAAAGUAUAUAUUUUUUUAUUUGUUCAGCAUAAUUUAUAUUUAUAAGCUUAUAAGGUUUAUGGAAAGUUGGAUAUUUUUUAUAUAAAGUUAUAAAGGUUCAAGAAUAAUAUUCAAAAAUUUUGAAACUUUAGAUCUUACUAAAAACGUUUUAUUUUUUUAUUAUACGAUUAUAAAAAUAUGUUAUGCUUGUUGUUUAAAUAACACGUAAAAGAAAUGUAUAUACUAGAUAUAUAUAUAUAUUAGACUCUUUGUUAAUAACUCAAGUGAUACAUUUGUUCUUUUCAAUCAUAAUAAUAUAUGAUUGAAAAGUAGAAAAUUUAUAAGAUAAAAAGUAAACUUUUUAAGUUUAUAAUUUAAUGCUGGUACUUAUUACCAUGACAAAAUUUGCAAAGGUAAUUUAUAAUUUUAAUAAUUUUUAUCUUAAUAUGUUAUUGAUAUUAAACAGGUAAAUAUGUUUGAUCAUUUUUUAAUUUAUAUGUACUUAAUAAAAGCUAAAAUUUCAUUAAAAUAAUACACUAGAACUCUUUGGUAUAUUAUUUAAUUAUCUAAUAAUAAUCGGUAUAAGUAAUAGUGUACAUAUAAAAAAAGAUGAAAAUUCAAAUUUACUACAAUAGUUCCUCUUUCAUUUGAAAAUUCUAUUUAAAAGCUGAAUUUUUAUAUGACAUAAAAUAGAAUUGUACUUAAGAAAAUUAUUUGUAUAACUGUUAUAAAAGAUUAUUUCAAAGCAUUGAAUAAUUUGUAGUAAUCUUCAACCCAGGUAAAUUUUCGAAAAAGACAAAGAGAAGGAAAGUUUAUAUAUAAAACCAAAUUCCAUUGACUACAAACUAUGAAAUCCAAAACUAGUAUUUUCUAUACUCCCUUAAGUUAUUAGUAACAGUAAACUAUAUUUUUGGUUUAAUACAUAAUGAAAAUAUAUAUUGAUAAUAAUAAAAUUGACAUAUUCUUUAAAUGUUUCCUAUAUUUAAUCUUAGUCUUUUCUUUCGAAUUUAUAUAAUAAUUAGGAAUAUACAUAUGUAUAUAAUUUGUAUAUAAUAUGUAUAUUGUAUAUGAUCUAUGGUAAUUAGACAUUUGAGCGAUGAUUAGUUAGUCAAAAUAAUAUUAAGAAGUACCAAUCAAUUGAGUGUUUCUUAAUUAAAUCAAGCAUAUUAAUAACUGCUACUAUUUAUGAAUAGUCGUAUGAAAUAGAUUUUUUAAUUAUGGAUUUAUGCACUCUUAAUAACGAUAAUAAUGUGGUGUAAAAAGAAAAAUUGAAAAAUUAAUGUUAUAAAGGUCGGAAAAUUAUUAACUGUUUGUGUAUAUGUAUGUAUGCACAUGAACAAAAAUGAUAAUUAGUUGUCUUUAUUUUGUUUAAAAAAUGAAAAAUUAUACUAUUGCACAUAUUAAGAUGUAAUUAAGUAAAUAACGUCAAUUCAAAAUAUGUAUUUACUUAUAUUUAUUGUAUAUAACACACCAAUUAUAGACUAUGGAUUUCGUAAUUAAAAAAUAUCAAUACAUAAGAAUCUCGAAUUUUAUCAUUAUCAUUUUAUAAUUUUUAAUCCUAUACAAAUUGGAUAGAAAAGACACUUAAUACGUAUGACGUUUUGCAUGUAUCUAAACUGUCUAUGAUUUGAAAAAACGACGUGAUUGGAAUAUUUUAAAUAUGGAUAAGUAUUUAAUCACUGGAAUAGUUAAAAAAUUCAACUAUGGCAUGAUUAUUUUCCAGAUACUUAUAUUCACAACCUUAUGUGUAUAUUAUAUAAUAUCCUGUAUAUUACAGUUGAUAGUCCAGUUUCAUAGUUCUGUAUAAAAUUGUACAUACGUAUUUACUUUGGAAGAAAACAGUCUUUAUAUACAGUUAAUUAAUCACAAGAGCAAUCGUAGGAGCCCUUCAUUUCUGAUAUAUAAUCUCCUUAUAAAAGUCUUGUUUCUUAUUUCAAAUUGUUGAGCUCGAUAUUUACGAUUUAUUUGAGCAUCAUAUGUAUUUAAUUUGAAACUCGUUACUUCAACUGAUUUGCUCAAUGAAAUCCUCAAUGAAGUCCUUGACCGAGUCAAUGGUUUCCGCAGAAUCAAUCAAUUUGUCCUUUUAGUAGUGUCACCGUUCUUCCGUUGCACUCAUAACGCGUUGCAUUUAAUAGAAGGAUGUACCACUACCAGUUUUAACAAUAAGCUAGACGAAAACAUGGUAACGAUAUAGAAUUCCCUUCAAAUUUUACAUCUUCCAUUUUUUUGUUUAUCGAAAACCAUCACAAAUAAUUUACUUUUCAGAUAUUUCAAUUUAAUGACACGUAAUACAUACUAAGAGCUGUAGUUAAAGAGUAACGAACAAUUUUGCUUAUUAUUAUCAACUUUACUGUAAAUCUUUACACUGGGUAUGUGUCUGUUUGCACGCGCAUACGUGACAAAUCUUUAUACAUAUAAAACUGUCUAGAAUUCGUCUAUCAUACUCAAAGAUAGCUGAUAGUAACAUGUAUACUAGCAGUCAUAGUUUAUAAUCUUCAUUAUUAUUUAAAGUUAUAAUAAUAUAAUAAAAUUAUAUUACAACUGUCAAUAUAAUAAUAAUAAUAAUAUAAAAAUGAGUUGUAUAAUUUGAUUGUAUCUACAUACUUACAUUGUAAAAUCAGACACGCACGUGCAGACGUUAUUAGUCGAAGCGGGGGAAGCAAACCACUAAAAUACGUACUUACGUGUGCACACAACACACAUACAUGUCACAACGAUCAGCUGUAGCGAUGUUUACAUUUGUUGGCAUCCUCGACGACGGUGUACCGCGUGGUGGGGUCGCGGCCACUGGCCAGUUUCUUGCGGUCUUUCGAACGGUUGGUAUCGUUUUCGUCGUAGUUUUCUUAAUCUAAUUACUAAUCAUCGCUGUUAAUCGUUCGCGUGUUUACGGUGAAAGUUUCACAAGGAUAUAAAGUGUGGCGUGGUGGAUGUGUCAAAUGUGUUAUCAUUGGUCUAAUAAUCGAAAGAAAUCGG